UGCUGAUAAUGGAUUACUGUACAGUGAUGAAGAAAAGCCUGUUUAUCCUCACAGUUUAUAUUCAUCCAAUAUCAGCAGUCUCUCACUCUCUGCAGUACGUCUACACUGCAGUUACACCAGGAAUAAACUUCCCAGAGUUCACUGCAGUCGGUCUGCUGGAUGGAAAGCAGAUUGAUUACUAUGACAGUAACAUCAGGGAGUUGAUCCCAAAGACAGACUGGAUAAAGAAGACUGAUAAUGAUGAUCCAGAGUACUGGAACACUGGGACACAGGGUCUGCAGGCUAAUCAGGAGGUCUUCAAAGCCAAUGUGGCUGUUCUAAUGCAGCGCUUUAAUCAGACUGAAGGGGUUCACACAGUUCAGAUGAUGUACGGCUGUGAACAGGACGGUAAUGGAAAUAAAAGAGGAUACUGGCAGUACGGCUAUGACGGAGAAGACUUCAUCAGUCUGGAUGUGGACACUCUUACCUGGACUGCAGCUAACGCUAAAGCUGUUAUUACCAAACACAAGUGGGAGACGGUGGGUGAAGCCAAGCUCCAGAAGACCUAUUUGGAGGAGAACUGUACUGAGUGGUUACAGAAGUACGUGGAAUAUGGCAGAUCCACUCUGGAGAGGAAAGUCUCUCCUGAGGUGUCUCUGUUCCAGAAGGACUCUUCUUCUCCAGUGGUGUGUCACGCUACAGGUUUCUUCCCCAAAGCAGUGAACAUCUCCUGGCAGAAGAAUGGAGAGGAUCUGCAUGAGGACGUGGAGCUCGGAGAGACACUACCCAACCAGGAAGGAACCUUUCAGAAGAGGAGCGUUCUGACUGUCCCACCUGAGGAGCUGAACAAACACCACUACACCUGCAUCAUUCAGCACAGCAACCUGGACAAGAAGAUGGUGCUACAAGGCAAUGAUCGCAGAGUUGUGUCAGGUGUUUCAGAUGGAGGGUCAGUUGGUGUGAUCAGUCUUGGAGUUGUGGUUGUUCUUCUCCUUGUCCUCAGUGGCUGUUCUGUAUAUAUCAUUUGGAAGAACUCUGGUGUUCAUACAGUGCAGGAGAUGUAUGGCUGUGAGCUGCAUGAUGGUGGAUCCAGAAGAGGACACUUACAAUUCGGCUAUGAUGGAGAAGAUUACAUCAGUCUGGAUGUGGAGACUCUCUCCUGGACUGCAGCUAAUGCUAAAGCUGUUAUUACCAAAUACAAGUGGGAGAAGACACAGGGUGCCAUGUUCCAAAAGGCCUACCUGGAGAACACCUGUGUUCAGUGGUUAGGAAGUACUUGAAUUAUGACAGAGCCACUCUGGAGAGGAAAGGUGAAGUCUGUGAUCUGUUCUGUUACUGUAACUGCAGCAGAGUUCUGGAAUAGAUACUUCUAAAAAAUGCUAUA